AUGGACGAUUUGUCCGAAUACUCGUCACCGGUUAUUGAAUUCAGAGCAACACAUGACGAUGAAAAGCAAAUGAAGUUAAUGGAUAAAAAUACGGGAACCGAUCCCCUACCUCCGAAAAUCGAUACGUCCACCGAAACGCAUCCGACAUUUAGUAAGGAAACACAAACCUACGCAAAUAAGGAAUUCCUAAAAAAUAUCGAUGAACGGAAACUGGCCAUUUGGUUACGUCAAAUACUUCCAACUGUCGAAAAGGAACUACUCAAAGGCUGUACACCAGACUUCAAUUCCAAUGCCACAGCUGUUGUUGAAUUUCCUGAAAUACAGCCUUAUCAGAGGCUUCAGUUGGAAACAUCCGAAAACUCGCAGGGAAUUGGAAUUUGGUUGGCGGUACAUACCAACAAUGCUCCCAUUUUAGUCAUCAGUACAAUAUCACCUCAUGACGAUGAUUGGUGCGAACACGUCGACCAAUACUUUUUGGUGUAUGUCCCAAUGCGCGAACUUACCUCUAAUUUUAUUGUCUGGACAGAAGUUAAGCGUGUAUCCGUUAAGGCCUGCUUGCGCAGUCUGUGUACAAAUUCGUUUAACAAAUGCACCUUUGCCGGCUCCACUAUGGAUGGUGACAUUUACAUUUGGAACUGUGAUCAAAAAAUCAAAUCAGUGGCCAUAACUGAAUUGUUCAAUGCAACAUCAAUACAUGGGUAUGCCCUUGCAAUGGAUUGGUCUAGCGAACAAACUCUACUAACAGCGCACAGUAACGGUUACGUGGUACAAUGGGGUUUGGGUACUGAAUUAAUAUCAGAAGCAGAAUAUUUUAUUAAACCAGCACCAUCGAGUGGCUCAAAGGAAGCAUCCAUUUCGUGUUUACUGGCUUUAAGUGGAAAUGAUUUUGUUGUUGGCUGUGAUGAUGGAUCCAUUUAUCGUUGUUGGAUUUCCAGUUCUGCGACUAUAAUGAAGUUUCAUGUGGACAUAAUUCCAUUGAAGAAACAUCUAUUUAUGACAUCAUCAUUGUUAAAGACACGAACAAAUGGUCAUAGCAUUGUGAUAAGCUGUGAUCUGAGUGGCGAAGUUUAUUUUCACGACUUACGAAAUUCCAGAGAUGAAACUGACACAGUUAUAGCUAAAAUACCACUACCUUUCACAAAUAUUCUUGCGUGUUCUCAUGAUGGCAAUAUGGUCUUUGCGCCUGGCGAUGAUGGAUCUCUUGACUGUUACAGAUUAUUUGAUGGUGUUCAUGCAACGAUUAAGGGAGACUUACGAGGCAAAGGAAAUUUCAUAAAAUCAAGUGACAAUGGCUGCUGGAUUAUUACCGGUCUUUACGAGAAAGAAUUUCAAAUAUUUGCC